UCGAUUAGUUUCCUUUAUAUAAAUAAACAUAUCACAAAUGGUUAAUGAAAUACAGUGUAUUCGUUUUCUCUCAAAGGUAAGAUGUCCAAGGAAAAGUAACAUAUGUAUGCAUAAAAUCCAAGAAAAAGCAAUAUAGAUCGUCUACUAAAAGGAUCAUAACUAUACACGAUUAUAAAUACCAUCACAAGACUAAAUAGAAGUUGUAUAAACACUUAAAAAUGAGUGGGAACAAGCAAGUAUGCGUGUCCAUCUUAGCAGUGAUGAUUUUGAUGCUAUCAAUUUCCCAAAUCACGAAAGGUAAUAAUGAUCUUGCGUUUGCUCCAGUGUCGGAGAAAGGGUUGUUGCCAAAACCAGUGUCUUGUGCGGGAGACGCAGAAAAAAUUCCAGGUUGUGUUGAAGCAGUGAAGCAUUUCAAAUUUAAAAAUGUCAAAAAAGAAUGUUGUUUCGUUCUACUUGGUCUUACCGAAGAUUGUUUUGGAAUUUUGUUUCCUAUGCGUUUUGCGUAUCGUGAAAUGCUUAAGAUUACAUGCAAAAUUAUAGGCUUUAAGCCACCUUCUUAUUAAGUUGUUCUUUUUGUUUUUUAAUGUAACACAACUUUAGUUUAUGUAAUUCGUAUUUACAAUAAAAAAAAUCAUGGGCAUAUUUAUUUACGAUGAUGGACGGGACUCGCUCUUGGGU